GAACAUACCGAUCAGAAGAUUAAGAAGAAGAACGUGAGUCAGAAGCACGUAGAUCAUCAUGAUGACAGGGUAAAUGUACUUAGCUCCAGCGUAGGUACAGUCACCAAAUCGAGGGCAGUUCUCCUCAUAAGACUCGAUUUCCAAGACAUUAUCGGGCAAAUUAAAUUCCCCAAACAUUGCGAAGAAGAAGUUGCGAAUAAUUACGAAGCUAUUAUGUCCAUGUUGUUCAAGACUGACCGUCCCAGUGGGUUUGAAGAUAAUGGAUACCGUGAAGAGGCUGAACAUCAUCCAGAAAACGCAGACUAUCGCCAUGUAUGGCAGCAUGUCUCUUUUGGUCAUGGUGAUGAUCAUCAUCAGUUUUGGACCGAUAUAUCUCGAGACCACAAAGAAGUGAAGUGUGAAGGCGCAGGCAAAGACAGCAUGAGAGGAAGAGACGUGAUAUAACUGCAAGAACAUCGAAACUACGCACGUGAGAAUCAAUGUAGUGCAGACUGCCAAUUAUAUAGAAGCUCACUGUCACCAGCACUAAUCUAUUCCAGAUGUUGCUGAAGUACUGUUUCAACGAAUUGUUGCCUUCUAUUGAGGAAACGAUAUGUUGAACUAUGAGACAAACAGACGAAGAGUGCAGUAUAAUUUCCACCACAGAGACAUCAGUAUCCGUUCUUACAGCCAGCAGGAAAUAGAAAUAGAGGCCCAGAAAGAGAACUGAAACGUAAGCACUGUAGGCGAAUCGAACGCAGGGUGCUCGGUAAAAGUCAAGAAACUUUGUUUUGUACUUUGACUUGGAAGGAGUCCUGCUCUUGUCAUUGGCCUUAUUAGAAUUUAUGAGGCCAUGGUCAUGCUUUUCAGAGCGUCUUGAUUCAGAAUAGUUGUAAUCAACCAAGAAGGGCACUAGCGGUGGUAAGAUUACACCGGCAGCAAGACUAAUCAAAUACGAUAUAGGCUGAAUGGUGGAACUUAGAUGCUGAUUCCACAUAUUAUCAAUACAAGUUUGGCAGGCUUGGUGUUCAAUGAAGUUCAUGGAUUGGCUUUCCUCGGCUAAGAGGAGUUGGGAGAGAUUUCCGUAGAGAGGUCUCAUGGUACAGAGCAUCGUUAAAGUGACCUGUGAGUCUGUCACAUGACAUUCCUCCAGGAUUCCUAGUGCACUUAUUUCAUAGAACUCAGCCAUCUUAUCUAGUUCGUCGACCUCUCGUUGAGAUUGUUGUUGAGAACGCAUUCUCCUUGCAAAGCAUGCCAACAUGAGAGCUGCGGAAAUGGCAUCCUUCAUGAGGGUCCAAAUAAGGUGAGAGAGAUCGAAACGACGACAAAGGAAUGACCAAAUCAGUAAUUGAAGUAGACUUUCUUCUCCAGGAAAAGAUUCAAGUUGGUUGCUUGACGCAUUCAAUAGAACUUCAUAACUAUUAACCCUUCGAACUCUCGGCUUUGCUGGCGUCAGCUGUACUCCAGGUUGAAACCCGAGGAUGUCAGCUACAAUUUGUCCUAUUUGUGACCACCGAAACAUUUUUGGAAUCUAAAAUUUGCAGAAGCGUAUUCGAAAUGGAUUGCAACAAACCGUUAUUAGGGCGCGGACAUAAUUCCUGAAGAUUUGGGCUCUUGGAUCAUUGCUUGUAAAAUCCGCCUUAUAGAGCUUGGCAAGCAAGUUGUCAUCGACAUAUUCGUGCAAGGGAAAGCCUGAGUCCACAAGUAGACUAAUGAAAUCCGUGUUGUUCUCCAUGAGACACCUGGUGACUAACUCUUUCAUUCCCUUCUUAUCCUUCCAAUGAACACGAGAGAACAUAUUUUCUGGAAGGACGUCAGUUCUGUUUAAAGAAAGCGCGAUACGUAUCUUGA